UUGUCAGGUGGCGGCGCCGCAGCCAUGGAGGGAGGCGGCGGCGGCGGCUCCGGCGGCUGCGCUGGGAGGCGGCGGUGAGUGUCUCCCACGCCCCCGGCCCGGCCCCGGCCACCGGGACGGAGUGCCGAGCAGCCCCGGCUCCGGGCUGCGGACUAUGGGCGAACAGCGCUGAACCCCCGGGAAAGAACUGAGAAUGAAGCGGAGAGCGUCAGACAGGGGAGCUGGGGAAACGUCGGCCAAGGCCAAGGCUCUAGGGAGUGGCAUUGCUGGAAAUAAUGCCAAGAGAGCAGGGCCGUUCGUCCUGGGCCCCCGUCUGGGCAACUCACCGGUACCGAGCAUUGUGCAGUGUCUGGCGAGGAAAGAUGGCACGGAUGACUUCUAUCAGUUGAAGAUCCUCACCCUCGAGGAGAGAGGAGAACAAGGAAUAGAGAGCCAGGAGGAAAGGCAGGGCAAGAUGCUGCUGCACACCGAGUACUCGCUGCUGUCCCUGCUGCACACACAGGACGGGGUGGUCCACCACCACGGCCUCUUCCAGGACCGCACCUGUGAAGCGGUCGAGGACACAGAGUCCGGCCGGAUGGUGAAGAAGAUGAAGAAACGCAUCUGCCUCGUCUUGGACUGCCUCUGUGCACACGACUUCAGCGACAAGACCGCCGACCUCAUCAACCUACAGCACUAUGUCAUCAAGGAGAAGAGGCUCAGUGAACGGGAGACUGUGGUCAUUUUCUAUGAUGUGGUGCGCGUGGUGGAAGCCCUGCACCAGAAAAACAUCGUGCACAGAGACCUGAAGCUUGGGAACAUGGUGCUCAAUAAAAGGACCCAUCGGAUAACUAUCACCAACUUCUGCCUUGGGAAACAUCUUGUGAGUGAGGGGGACCUGCUGAAGGACCAGAGGGGGAGCCCUGCCUACAUCAGUCCUGAUGUGCUCAGUGGCCGGCCAUACCGGGGCAAGCCUAGUGACAUGUGGGCCCUGGGUGUGGUUCUCUUCACCAUGCUCUACGGCCAAUUCCCCUUCUACGACAGCAUCCCACAGGAGCUCUUCCGCAAGAUCAAGGCUGCUGAGUACACCAUCCCCGAGGAUGGGAGGGUCUCUGAGAACACAGUGUGUCUUAUCCGGAAACUGCUGGUCCUUGACCCCCAGCAACGCCUGGCUGCUGCUGAUGUCCUAGAGGCCCUCAGUGCCAUCAUUGCAUCUUGGCAGUCACUGUCCUCUCUGAGUGGGCCUUUGCAAGUGGUUCCAGACAUUGAUGACCAAAUAAGCAACUCUGACAGCUCCCAGGAGGCAAAAGUGACAGAGGAGUGUUCCCAGUAUGAGUUUGAGAACUACAUGCGACAGCAGCUGCUGCUUGCUGAGGAGAAGAGCUCCAUCCACGAGGCCCGGACGUGGGUGCCCAAGCGGCAGUUCGGUAGCAUGCCACCGGUGCGACGACUGGGCCACGACGCACAGCCCAUGACCUCCUUGGACACAGCCAUCCUGGCGCAGCGCUAUCUGCGGAAAUAGUGCCCUCAGCUAGGGCACGCCCAGCACACCUCUCCUCGGCCCACCAGGCCCAGCCAUCGGGCCUAGGCCUGGGCCCAGCAGUGCUGGACUGACUCCCAGGCUGCAGUGGGACAGGGCAGGGGUAGGGACAGCCCAGGUCAAAGCCAGGGUCAACAGAGGUACCACAGAGCUACCUUUUGGGAUGAUUGCUUGACUGUUGUUUUGUUUUGUUUUGUUUUUAAAUCUGAGAAUUCUAGAUACCUGAUCUGCUUUUAAUCAUGACAUUUUAAUCUACCUCUCUGUCUCUAACCACGCUGUCUCUGGACCGAGUGCUGGGAGGAAAGAAGGGAGCCUAUGCUCGCCACCCAGGCCCUGGAACAGCCACAGCCUGGCCAGGCCACUGCUCCCCACAGUCCAUAUAAGCUGACCAUGCCGCUCACUACUGGCCCCCAGUAAGCACCCCUUCCCACUGUCCAUGUCCCCCGCUACCCCCUCCCCCGGGGCCUGCCCUCGGUCUGAGCUUUGAAACGCUUUCACCUCAUCUUCCGCCCAAUUCAAAUAUAUUUAUUUUUUUACUGAAUCCAAAUUCUCUCCCAUCUCUAGGUUCAGCCCAUGGCUGCUCUCUGCCCCCCAGCCCGGCUGGAUAAUGGGGCCCACAUCUGUAUGUAGGCUCCCUUCUCACUCCCAGGCACCUAGGAGUUCUCUUGCCGGUUCUUCUCUGCUCUCAACCCACCCUGUUUCUAGACUUGGCUCUUUCUCUGUCUCAGUAGCUUCUCUGAGGUGCUGCACAUGCGCAUUAACCCUGCCUCCUCCAUCCUUCACGUGGUACCCAGGUAACAUGGACAGAGUGUGAACGGACCUGCGGCCAACUUUGGAGGAUGCUCUGGGCCUGCUGGGGACAGGCCACUUGUGCUCAGAGAUCCUCCUACCUUGCCUCAGAAGUGUAUCCCUCCCAGCAGACCCUGCGCAGAUGCCUACCUGGGGGUAGAAGACUUGGAGGGAGACCUGUAGGGAUCGGGGACCUACCUACCUGGCGUGAGAACAGCCCUGCUACCCUUUUUGAGCCGGAAUUUUGAAGUGGAUGCCCGUCUUGCCAGAAAUGCUGUUCUCUCCAGACUGCCCUCCCUGCACUGGACUUGGCGCACCCAGUACCAAGCAAAGCCCCAACUCUGGAGGCCUACACCCUGUGUACCCUCAGAGAGGACCAUGUCCCCCUUCUGGCAGUCCUAGACCCUUCCUGCCUCUUGCUCUCCAGUGGGGGAGACCAUGUUUCCUAGAGUGUGAGCUGCCCCUCACCCCCUGAAAAGCUGACUCACUGUGAGUGACCUUGGGCAAGUUCCCAAACCUCCUUGUGCCUCAGUUUCCCCAUCUGGAAAAAAUGGGGCCACCUCUUGCCAGCAGUAGCAGGGCUGCCCAUGCCCCUCCCUCCCCAUACCCUGAUCCCGCCCUGGGCGCCUGUGCCUCUGUUUCCCUGGGUCUGCAGGAGCCCACCUGAGCCCAGCACUUACUCCCCUAGCACCCAGCUCUGCCUCGAGUUCAGCCAUCCAGCUGCUGAGAGUCAGGGCAUGGCGCUGCUGCGUUGGGGGGAGGGCUCUUUUUUUUCUAUAUUUAUUUGAUAAUGAAAAGUCUCCUGAGGGAGCAGGAACGCAGUCAGCCUGGGCUCCUAGCCCAUGACUGCCCUCCAGUGAGGCUCUGAGGCCUGGCGAGGGCCCUCCUGGGCGGAGCCUCUGCCCAGUGUCUCAGGCCUGCAUCCACAGCCCUCCUUUUAAAAGCAAUACCUUCAGGUCUGCAGAGCCCAUCAGACAGCUGGUUCCUUCCAAGGUCAAGCCUCGGUCGGAUGGUAUUCUGGCAAUGCAGAGAAGAGUUUUGGCCUGCCCUCACUGGUGUCACACACUGAGAAGUCCUAUUGUAAAGAAAAAAACAAAAAAACAAACAAAAAAAAAAACACAAUGGAAAAAGUCACAAAAAAGUUUGUAUAAAGCCGUAUUUUUGUACUACAUGGGGACUCUUCCUGCAUGUCAGCAAUAAAACUUCCUGAUCUGGAGCCGCCAGGGCUGCA